AUGGUGCGUCAUCUCCACGACGGCAUGACGGCGCACGUCAUAGACAAUGGAACCGUAUCAGAGGCACUCUCAACGAUCGACGGAGUGGAGCAGGGCUGCGUCCUCGCGCAUACCCUCUUCAGUCCCAUGUUCUCUGCCAUGCUAAUGGACGCCUACCGUGAUGAACGUCCUGAGAUCCGCGUCGCCUACAGGACGGACGGCCAACUCCUCAAACACCGGCGAAUGCAUUUCCAGUCGCGUGCAUCCGCAACACCGUCCAUGAACUUCUCUUCGUCUAAGACUGUGCCCUCAAGGCCACCGCGGAAGGGGACGUGCAAAGGAGCAUUGAUCUAG